AUGAAAAUCUUAAAUCAAAAUUAAUUACAAGAAGCAUCAGAAACAAUAUGCAAAAUUCAUAGUCAAGGAUUGAUUGCAUUUGAUUAGACUUAUCAGAUAAGGCAAAAUAUAAAUAAGUUUUGGUCAAUGUUUAGUCGAGAAAAUAAAUAAAAAUAAAGUGAAUGA